AUGUCUUAUAACCUCAUUAAAUGUUACACAAACUCUACAAAUCAGAUCAAUCCUCUUCCCCUAAAUCAAAGUCGAUUUUUAAUUAAUGCAACUAUUGAUGAACUCAUCAGCAAUUUAUUUAUUGAAAAAAGGUUCGUAGUGCCGAACUAUUCGCUGUAUUAUCAACAAUGUUCACCUUCGUCAUGUUCGUACAAUUACAUUCAACAAAUCAAUAUACUCUAUACGAUAACUCUGGUACUUGGCUUUCAAGGCGGUUUAACAAUCGUUCUCAAAUGGAUUUGCCCGAAGCUGAUUCAGAUGUUUGGGUCAAGGAAAAAACGAAACAACGUUGUUCAUUCGUUUCAAAUCAUGUCGACUCGGUCAGAUCAUAAUAAGAAUUUAUCAUCAAAUAUCGAAGUUGCUCGAACAAAUACAAACGUACCGAUACAAAGUUCUUUCAAACUUGGUUUCAUUUUGAUUUUGAUCAUAAUUAUAUUGAUUUCUUUGAUGAUAUUUUCUGUCUUUACUAUUCGUUCUAAUAAGAAUCAGUUUGACUCGACAGGUAAUAAGAUGGAGAACGUAGAUGAUGAUUCGACAUAUGUCUUUUCGGUCCCUCCAACAAUUCAAGCAACCAAAGCGAUGACAAGUGCAACGAUGAAUAUGACUCGGGCGACAAUGAGCACAAGUAUAAGUCCAUACUUCGCAACUUGCCAAUUAGAAUUUCAGCCAAUAAGUUUAUAUUUAUCUGUUUAUGAUUACAUAAAAAUAUCCACCGUUGACGAUUUCAAUCAUGAUAAUCGACUCGACCUUAUAUAUUUUUCUGCAGUAACUCGCACUAUGAACGUGAGAUUUGGUUAUAACAAUGGAACAUUUGGGCCAAUGAUCGUUUCUAAUCUGAACACUGCAACGUGGGUAGACAAGAUUGUCUUGAGCGAUUUUGAUCAAGGUAAUCAACUUGACAUUGCUUUUAUCGAUAUCAAUGCAGAUCAAGUGGGUAUUUUGCUCGGCAAUGGUGAUGGGACUUUUCGAACAUUGAAUCUAUUCUCUACAGGGAACAACAGUAGUCCAAGAGAUAUCGUUGCAGUCGAUUUUAAUAUCGACGAUUAUGCGGAUAUUGCUGUUGUUAAUUACUGGCAACAUAACGUUGCGAUAUUCUAUGCAAUUGGAAAUGGUAAUUUUUCAUUGAAGAUCAAACUUGACACCGGACGGAUUAGUUGUCCGAUCGCACUUGCAGUUGUUGACAUCAAUGAAGAUGCACAUCUCGAUAUUAUAGUUGUUAAUAAUAAGGAUAAAAGUAUUGGUGUAUUUCUUGCGAAUGGCGAAGGAAAUUUCAAUGAACAAAUGAUUUCGUUCGCUGGUGGAGGUUUCGCAACAUAUCCAGUUCACAUCGCCGUUGGUCAACUCAAUGAUGAUUCAUUCAUUGACGUUGUUCUCUCCUACACGGCCAAUCAAAUGAUUGGAAUUAUGUUUGGAUAUGAGAAUGGAACAUUUAGCUCGGGAAACACAUUUAGCUUUCAAUCAAAUGUGGAGAGUUCUUUUGUAUCGGUAUUCGAUCUCAAUUGUGAUCGACAUUCGGAUAUAAUCGUUGGUCAAACUGAUCCGUUUGGUUCGAACGUGCUUAUCGGCAAUGGACACGGACAAUUUCAAGUUCAAACAAUAUUUUCUACGCCGAACAAUAUACUUCAACCGUUUCUUACUCUUGGAGAUUUUAAUGGUGAUCAUGUUCAAGAUAUUCUCCUGUAUGAUGAAUAUUUUCCUUCGUUAUACAUUCUUUUUAAUCAUUGUCAAUGUUGUCUCGUUUGA